AUGGUUCUCACACCUCCGCAGCUCGGCAAGGUUGCCCACUAUGCCUUCGAUGCAGUCUUGAGUACACAUACAAAGGAUAUGGAUUCCAGUCUUCCGAAAGCUGACGUUCGCAGUAUCCGCCUUCCUUGCCGGCGUGCGACGCUCCACUGGCCUCACGUACGUUCCCUCUCCAAGCGCAUGCCCAAUCCGCAUACCAAAUUCCCUCCGUAUCCCAGUGUGAAAUCAGAGAACUUUACCGAGACACCCGGCCUGAAGAAGUGGAUCGACAACUACCUCUGGGUGGGCGAGUGGACCAUGGACCAGAGCGUCGCUGUUUUCGGCACGUCAGGAUACUUCGAGCGGAAGCGUUGA